AUGGUUGUUGUUGUUGGAUGGUGGUUGUUGUUGGAUGGUGGUUGUUGGACGGUUGUUGUUGGACGGUUGUUGUUGGACGGUGGUUGGUGUUUGACGAUGGUUGUUGUUGGACAGUGGUUGUUGUUUGACGGUGGUUAUUGUUGGAUGGUGGUUGUUGUUGGACGGUGGUUGUUGGACGGUGGUUGUUAUUGGACGGUGGUUGUUGUUGGAUGGUGGUUGUUGGACGGUGGUUGUUGUUGGAUGGUUGUUGUUGGGCGGUGGUUGUUGUUGGACGAUGGUUGUUGUUGGACGGUUGUUGUUAUUGGACGGUGGUUGUUAUUGGACGGUGGUUGUUGUUGGAUGGUUGUUGUUGGACGGUUGUUGUUGGACGGUGGUUGUUGGACAGUGGUUGGUGUUGGAUGGUGGUUGUUGUUGGAUGGUGGUUGUUGUUGGAUGGUUGUUGUUGGAUGGUCGUUGUUGUUGGAUGGUUGUUGUUGGACGAUGGUUGUUGUUGGAUGGUUUUUGUUGGACGGUGGUUGUUGUUGGACGGUGGUUGUUGGACGGUGGUUGUUGUUGGACGUGGUUGUUGUUGGACGGUGGUUGUUGUUGGACGAUGGUUGUUGUUGGACGGUGGUUGUUGUUGGACGGUGGUUGUUGUUGGAUGGUUGUUGUUGGACGAUGGUUGUUGUUGGAUGGUGGUUGUUUUUGGACGGUGUUUGUUGUUGGAUGGUGGUGGUUGUUGGAUGGUGGUUGUUGGAGGGUGGUUGUUGGAUGGUUGUUGUUGGAUGGUUGUUGUUGGACGAUGGUUGUUGUUGGAUGGUGGUUGUUGUUGGACGGUGGUUGUUGUUGGAUGGUGGUUGUUGGAUGGUGGUGGUUGUUGUUGGAUGGUGGUUGUUGGAGGGUGGUUGUUGUUGGAUGGUUGUUGUUGGAUGGUUGUUGUUGGACGGUGGUCGUUGUUGUUGGGUGUUUGUUGAUGGAUGGUUGUUGUUGUUGGUUGGUUGGUGGUGGUUUGUUGGAUGGUGGUUGUUGGACGGUUGUUGUUGGACGGUUGUUGUUGGACGGUGGUUGGUGUUGGACGAUGGUUGUUGUUGGACAGUGGUUGUUGUUUGA